GGGCAAUUAUCUUUUUAAUUUAUUUUUGGUGCGGCCCUGGGUGAGGGUGGGGGGUGAAAAUCAGGACAGCUUGCAGUAGUCUGUCCCCUCUUUCCACCAUAUGGAUCCAGGGUUCCAACCCAGGUCGUCAGGCUUGGCGGCAAGUGCCUUUACUUGCUGAACCAUAUCACCGUGCAGUGAGAGGAUUGUUGUCUAUAGGUCCUGAAGAAUGAAGAUUUAAAUACAAGGUCAUGGCUAAACAUCUGAAGUUCAUUGCCAGGACUGUGAUGGUUCAGGAGGGGAACGUGGAAGGUGCCUACAGGACCCUGAACAGAAUCCUCACCACCGACGGGCUUAUUGACGUCAUAAAGCGACGACGCUACUAUGAGAAGCCUUGCCGCCGCCGCCAGAGGGAGAGCUAUGAAACAUGCCGGAUGAUCUACAACAUGGAAAUGGCUCGAAAGAUUUACUUCUUGAUGCGAAAGAACCGUGCAGACCCAUGGCUGGGCUGCUAAGGCUUGAGCCCACAUUAUUUCUAUGUCCAACUCCUUUAUGCAACCAAUUUCUGUUACUUUUCUCCACAAUAAACUCAAUCACAGGUGAACAAAAAGGCUUGGACAUACA